AUUGUUGGCCAUGAAGAAAGUCUGUUUUUUGCUUAGCUAUAUACUGUCUAUGGUUUUUUUGUCGUGACUGCACGAAAUUAGCAGCCAUGUCCAGCAGCUGUAAGCCAAAGCCCGGGUGCUUUAGGAGCGACAUCCAAAGACUGCUGCUGGCUGCUGAAGCUGGUCAGAAGGCUGAUAUCCUGACCUACUCCUCAGGUCAUCUGGGGCCACGCUGCCUGAACCAGAGUCAGCCUCACAGGGAGACAAAGCAGUCUUUCUGGAGGAUGUCUCAGAGCCUAGAAGAAACCCCAAACCCUCUGACACCCCAGCUGACACAGACAAAGGCUUUGGUCUAUGUAAUGAAGAAAGAAAUGAAAGAGUGUCCCCCUGAGUUCUCCACUGGCACUGCUUUAGUAGAGUCUGAAGUCUUAAGGUCAAGACAAGAUCAGGCUACUCAUUGCUCAUCCCAUUCAGACAAAAGAGAAGAUGUGAGUCUGCCAAAGAUAGUUUACUGUUCCGCAAACUCUCUGCCAGUCCAGCCUAGAGCCUUCUCCCAGAAAAAGUCUAACUCUUUAUCUGAUCCUGAGGGGAAACAGCAUUUUGACCAGGAAGGCCUGAAUAAUGACGGCCAGCUAAAGACGAAACAACGAUUUGGCAGGAAAGUCACAGCCAAGCAGGACCUCUGGGCUGGAAGACAUGUUGCUGAAAUGCAUGAGAGGAAACUACAAAAGGAGCUGAGUAGGUUGUCAGUGCACAGCUGGCCCAGCAGAGACCGCCUUGCGGUGUUCAGUGACGUCUUUGAUGAUGUAUGUGAAGGCUCGCCAGUAUUUGGACGCAUCCUGAGGGAAAUUAAGACCGAUUAUGAUUUGUAUGUCAACCACUUGAUGGCUUCCCAAGCAUCACUACAUGACACGUCGCUGGAUACUUCACUCAAAGAUCUUGGCAAUGGCAAAGUAAGGCAAAUGGAGUUGGAAGAUGCUGAAAAAGAGGUUUGCAGGCUGGAGCAGGAGGCCAGAAGAGCUCUAGAGGAGAAUAAACGAGUCCGAAAUGAGUCGCAGAAUGUUCCAGCUAUCAUAGGCCCAGAGGACAGUGAUAUGAAGAAUACAUAUCUGUCCGGGCUGCAGGACAGCUGCACCAACAAUCUCCAAUCCAAGAGGCUUCAGGUGUUGAACAUGUGGAGGGAGAUCCAACAGCUGGAGGAAGAGAUUAAGGAGAAGCUGGUGUCCUCUGUCACAAUCACUGCUACUGAAGGACGCAUCAAAGACCUAAAGAAAGAGAUAAUGAGACUGAUAGCCUCAAAUGACUGUCUGAAGACCACAAACAAGGAUCUGGAAAACGACAUCAACAUGGUGCUGGACAGAGAGAAAGCAAGCAGGGCAUUAAGACGGAUGUUAUGGGACAAAAUACAUUGUGAUCUACAAACAGAGAGUAAAUUGCUUAAUCAGCAAGUAAACCAGAGGAUCAUUCCUUGAUUUGGACAUUCCAAAGUGCAAUAAAACGAAGGAAUAUGUAUUAAAUAGAGUCACAUAUUUGAUUAGCAAACAACUUAAGUAUAUUAGCUUAUAGCACUUGAGUUUAGUACAUAUAAAAAUGUUUUUGUCCAGAAAUAACACUGUAGACCAUAGCUUAAAACUACCACCAGUAUCAGCAAGCAAGCAAUGACACAAUGUACAAAUACUCCAUUACAAGUUCUGCAUUCAAAAGUACAUAAAUAUUAGUAAAAUGUACAUUAGAUUCAUUAAGUAGACUGGCCCCUUUAAGAGUGUUAUUCUUGAAUAUACAUUUUUACUAUUUUAUUCUUACUCAUGCAGUGUUUUAGAAGUAUUUAGAUGUGGUGGGUUGAGGCCAAGCUAAAAUAGUAUCCUAUUUUAAGAUGAUCAUGUGUUUUGUGUGUUGUUGAAGGAGAUGAACAUGUUGUGAAAAUUCAGAGUUGUAAUGAGCAGAGUGGGACCAGAGCAUUCAUAGAAAAGAAGCUCUAGGGAGAGGGACACUGUCUCCCAAAAAGCCUACUGAAUGAAAGUAGAGCUUACUGAAAACAAAAGAAAAAAGAAAAGGAUUUUUUUUUUUUAAGAAAACAUAAGCAAACCGACCAGUCAGGUGUGUGCUAAGUGACCUGGUUUACAGUCAUAUUACACACACACAGUACAUUGUCUGAAACCUUAAAGUAAUCACCCUUUCUUUCUUACUAUUUCACAGUAUUUUGUGUUUAUGAUCUGCUCAAAAGUAUGCUUGCUUGCUGAUUGCUUUCAAAUAUAUAGUACCUCUUAAAGAAUGUUGUAAGCCUUUUGCAUUUAUUAAGCCUUUAUAGCUUUGGCGGAAUACACUCUUAAAGUGUGCUUCGAACUUGUGAUAGUGAAAGUGUGUGGUAUAAGCAUUGUGCACUAAAACACGUAUCAUGGUUUUAAACAUUGUAUUAGAACGUAGCAAGCGAACAGGGGACGGAAAAUCGUGGUUUAGCAUUUGGCUGACAGGAAACCGUAGCUGCUUUAGUUCGAGCACGAAGAGGAGGACAGGAUAUGGGGCCUCAUGCAGGUGGGUUAUCUACCUUGCUCUUACCUUGUAACAGUUUGUAAGACACUUUGGUCAUGGCAUUUGUAAAAUGGUUCACUUGUCCCCAUAUUAGGACGCCGUAGGAGGCUUGUAUCGCAAGUACUUUGAUCCCGCACUGGCACUUUAACUGGAUGGUAGACCCAAAUUUCCUUUUUUGACAACCACUCCUAGUUAUUUUUAUAUAUUUUUUUUAUUUUUAGCUACCUUAAUGUUUCGUAAACGUUAGAUGUCGGAUUGUCUUUGUCAUUUCUGUAGUAUUGUUUAUUUUUGUAUUGUGAUUGUUGACUUCUGUUAUUGUCAUUCCCAUUGUACUGUUACUUUUUGUUAUAUACAUGUUUAUUGGUUUGUCUGUGGUGUCUAUAUGUUUAGAGAAUAUGUUGUGACAAGAGUGCAAAAUGAAUGACCACAUGAAUUUCCCCUUGUGGGAUAAUAAAGUUUACCUUGACCUUGACCUUGACCUUGUGAUAAGGCAAUAUAAAAAGUGAUGCUCAGGCUGGCCAGUCAGUUCGUCAGAGGCUUCCCUACUUUUGACUCUUUUCUUGAAAAAAAACAUCAGGCCUACGCUGUCUCCCUCAGAGGAUGAGCACUGAAUAAGGUAAUGACAAUUUAAUUUUCAAUAAGUUGUGAAAGUGUAAUUUACACUUUGCAACAAUUUGGUAGAACAUUGAAUGUGAACUAAAACUUGGUGCCUACUGAACGAACCACAACCUGUCUCUACAUUCCCACAGUUGAACUGUAGUUGACUAGGGCGCUGGGAGAGACCAGCAGCGAUUGAGAAUUAUGAGAAUUAUGCACGGUCAAUGUGAAGCCAACUCCUUAAUGUAGAAACUUAUAAACUCUAGGCAACUUUUGACUCUUUUUAAAGGGGCCCGAUCCGGUUCUGCUCUUGUGAAAGGUCCUUUAGUGCACUGCGUCGGCUUCACUCCUGGCUGCGGGGCAGAAAUGGCUUCACAAUCUUGCAGCCAUGUCGAUUGAAAAUGAUAUACUGAAGCACCUAAGUCACAACAGAGUGAUAGAUUUAGAAUUAAAAACAGAAGGCAUUCUUUGAUGCUUCCACUCACGAAGUAGACAAUUAUUUUUUUUUUUUUAACAUUAUUUCAUUCUCAAUUUUACUUGAUUU